AUGUUUUCGUGGUUUUGGGGAGUGUUGAACAGACUGGGUCUUGCGUACAAGAAAGGGCGAAUUGUGUUUCUCGGGCUUGACAACGCAGGCAAGACGACCCUGUUGAACGUCUUGAAGGACGACCGCUUGUCGAUGCACGUGCCCACGGUGCACCCGCACUCGGAAGAGUUGGUGAUCGAGGGCAUCAACUUCCAGACGUUCGACCUGGGCGGGCACGAGACGGCACGGCGCAUCUGGAAAGACUACCUAGCGACGGUGGACGGCAUCAUUUUCGUGGUGGACGCGGCGGACCGCACACGUUUCGAGGAGGCCGCGGAGGAGCUGAACUUGUUGCUGGCGAGCGACGAAUUGGUGAAGACGCCGAUUUGCGUGCUGGGCAACAAGAUCGACAAGCCGAACGCGGCUUCGGAGCAGGAGCUGCGCGCCUCACUCGGCUUGCCAGAGCACUUGACAUACGGCAAAGACUACAAAUCGCGGAGCGCAACGCGCCCGGUGGAGCUGUUCAUGUGCAGCGUGUCGCGACGCAUGGGCUACAACGACGGCUUCAAAUGGCUGUCCAGGUUUUUGUGA